AUGUACCUGACCAGGCUUAUUGUAAUGCAAAUGGUAUCGAUUAUCAGCCAUGCGUACUCCCGGGAGAUCUACAAGAAAGACAACGUGCACACGGUGAUUUUAUGUGGCGCCAGUUUUACAAUAUGAUUAAAGCGGGUUGUCAGGGCAUAUAUAUUUCGAUGUUUGAUGAAUAUAACGAAGGCAAUCAAAUUGCUAAAACUGCGGAGAAUCUAUCCAUGGUUCCUUCAGGUAGUAAUUUCCUGGCACUCAAUGAAGAUGGCGUAGAUUGUUCUGCUGAUUAUUACCUCAGAUUAACGAAUGAUGGCGGCAGAAUGCUGAAGGGGCAGCUUCCAUUAACUGCGCUCAGACCGACCGAACCCGUUAUUGGCGGUGGUACGGUGGGCGGAAUUCCAUUUGAUCAGGCUGUUAGCCUUAAGGGAUCCAAUAAUCUAUUUAUAACUACCGGUGGUAAUAUCCAGAAUAUGUUUUGCAACCGCAGUACAGCCGGCGUUACGGAGCAUUUUAUAAUAGUUAAUGCUGGCAACGGCAAGGUUGCGUUAAAGAAUGGAGAUAAAUACGUGUCUUCAGAAAAUGGGACAGCGCCAAUGAGUUGCAGCCGUAAUUCUAUAGGCAUAUGGGAACAGUUUGACUGGAUUAAGAAUGGUAAUGGAACGAUAUCAUUACGUGGAAAUAACGGUAAAUUUAUUUCUACAGAGAACGGAACGCAGGCCAUGAAUUGCAAUCGGGAUUCGGCAGGGAUCUGGGAACAAUUCACCUAUAAUUAA